AUGGAGUCCGUUGAAGCCCUUCCGGCUAGAUCACCUACCGGCGAAUUGAUCGGAACCGGCUUCAAUUCCCAAAUUGGCGACGAAAUACAACGGCUGAUAUCUGUGCCUCCGGAUUCCGGGAGCUCCUUCACGGCGCUGCUCGAACUCCCGGCAAACCAAGCCAUGGAACUUUUAAUCCACUCUUCCGAAGACGCGGCCACCAUCGCCCAGAAUCCUUCAGCGACAAUUGCCGAAUGUCGUCUUUCUCCUCCGGCGCCGGUACCUAUCUUUCCUUCCGACGCUGCUCUCGUCGAACGAGCUUCCAAAUUCUCCUCCAUUAUGAGUACAGAUGAAAUUUCUAGGGCUAAAUUGGGGACCGUGAAGGAAGAACCAUUGGACUCGGUUUCCAACCCCAACUCCAAUUCAUCUCCGGCAGUUUCCAAUCCAGCCGUCGAUCAGAAUACAAAGUCCACCAAGCGAAAGGACCGGGAGAAAAAGGGUAAAGAAUCAAACAAGAAGAGUAAAAAGCCGGCAAAUGAAAGCUCUGACGAUGGCGGAGAAAAGCUACCGUACGUCCACGUCCGUGCUCGCCGGGGCCAGGCCACCGAUAGCCAUAGUUUAGCUGAAAGAGCAAGGAGGGAGAAAAUUAAUGCCAGAAUGAAGCUGUUACAGGAGCUGGUCCCUGGUUGUAACAAGAUUUCAGGAACUGCAAUGGUUCUGGAUGAGAUCAUCAACCAUGUUCAGUCCCUGCAACGCCAAGUUGAGUUCCUUUCAAUGAGACUCGCCACAGUCAAUCCAAGAGUUGAUUUCGAUUUUGACACUCUUCUUGCAACGGAGAGCCGGUCCCAUGUUGAUAUGAGUUUCCCAGGAAUGGUGAUGCCUUCCAUGUGGCCUGAAGGACAAGUACACAUGAACAGGGAGCAAUAUCAACAGCCUUGGCAAACCGAUGAACUCCAACAACCAGUCUGGAUUAGGGAAGAAGACAAUUCUAAUUUCAUUACUCCUGAAAACUCAUUAUUGAGUUAUGAUUCUUCAGCUAAUUCAGCGCCUUUGCACUCGAAUCAAGUGAAGAUGGAGAUGUGA